AUGCUCAGCUUAGUCCAAAACAAGACUCUCGAUGCUCUCGAAUAUGCCCUGCUUAUUAUUGAGCAAUACGACGAAGAAUUCCAACAGAAACACAGAAAGGAAGAGAAUGAAGAGAACACCAAGGAAGGUCAAGGAAAUUCCAGUGAUUUUGAGUCAAGGUUCAAUGACGUCAAAUCUUCCUGCAGGGAAUUAUUCAAUCUCCAAAGGCAAAGGGCGGUGAACCUCGUCACCAAAAAUUCAGUGUACAAGUAUGCUGACGAAAAGGUUGAUUUCAACCAGAGAUAUAAUGACUCAGUUGAAUUCACCGAGAAUGUUUACAAGAGUUUUAGCACUCAAAUAGUGGUGCCUCUCCAAGAGAAUGUAGUCUUCAUGUAUGAUACUUCACGAGAGAAGGCUUCUCUAGUAAUCAAAAACCUUCAAGAUAGUCUUAUUUCUCAGGUUAUCCUUCAGAGAUUUACCAGUGCGAGGGUUACACUCAGUCAAAAUUGGAUGAAACUCGACUUUAACGAAGAUGGUAGAGUCACCAUGACUGACAUCACCUCCACUUUCUUGAGCAUCAAAGAUAUCCUUGUUCAAUAUAGAUAUUUCAAGGAGGCUAUGGAACUCCCCCAAACUUUCAGACAAAAGGCACUUGGUUACAUUCAAAGUGAAAAAUCUGGUGAAAAUCAUGAGGUCGCUAAAAGACUAAAUUCUGACUCGUCCAAUGAUUCUACUAAAUCUAUCGAACUGGCAAACCUAAAUGAAAAAGAUGAUUAGGUAACUCUGAUGACGUCAA